ACCAGCACCCCGCCCCCACUCUCUCAUUCCUGAGGCAAGACCUGGAAGACCAAGGAGGAACAGAUCUUAAUUUGGUGCAACCGAGGUACUGAAGAAUCUCCACAGAAUAAUUCCCUGUUAAUCACUGCUUUUCAUUUUAUUUGCAAGCUGUAAGAGAAGAUUUUGCACAUCACAUUUUCUCUCCUGGCUUAAGUAGCUAACGAGUGGAAAACUUCUAGCAAACUUCAGCUCACUGGCGCUGAGAAAGUCGCAUUAAUUUAUAGGAGGCUGAUACACGCAGGUACAAUGGAUCUUGUGGUGUUGGUGGCGUUCAGCUCCUGGCUGGCUCCUGCACUCGGGUCAGCGUUUGGCAGGGUGGUGGUAGCCUCAGUGGCAGAUGAAGAGGAGAAAGACUAUGACAGUGCUUUUCAUUAUGACUAUGAAUCGCUGAGAAUCGGUGGCCUGGUAUUCGCAGUGGUGCUGUUCUUCAUGGGCAUCGCUCUCAUUGUCACCCGAAAAUGUACCUGUUCGAGGAGUGACAAGUAAAAGGUCCAGGGGUUCUGAUGUGGAAUCGGGUGUUCCUAGGGGUAAAUGUUUUUCUUCCUUCUAUAAUAAUGAGGGAAUGUUAAAUGCCUAUCAAGUAGAUGUAUUGCCAUUUGAUUUUAUAUCUCAAACUCUUUCCACAGAUCAGUAGACGCAGAGGCAAAGAGCAGUGGAGAUCUGUGCUACUGACUUACCAUGUGGGGGCAGCAAAUACCUUGAUCACAGCUGAGGACAAUCUUUCCAUGAACACCUGAAGCUUCGUUCAAUUUCAUAAUGUUACUGUGCUCCUUUUUCUUUUCUUUUUUAAAUGUUUUUAUCAUCAAUUACAGUUACUAGAUAAUGUGCCAACUUGAUAUGGUAACAAUAGUGUGAUUCUCAUUUGUAUUUUUGUGACUUUCAGAUCGAUGCAAAAUAAAGAAAAUGUCUGAAAAGGUUC